AUGGCAGAUCCUUUCUCCGUCGCCGGUACUGCUGUUGGUAUAAUCUCGCUCGGUCUGCAGACUUGCCAAAUUCUUUACAAAUACUGCUCCGAUUUUAAGAGCUUCCCUCGCGAUGUUGAGGCCACCCAAAGGCAAAUCAGAGGCCUUGAGGGUAUCUUGCAAGGGCUCCAUGAGGUCAAAGAACAACUGGAAAUCGACAAUCAUACACCGUCUUCGCAAUUACAUAUGGCUUUGAAGGAUUGCAAGGAAACGUUGCACGAACUUAUGAGGAUGGUAGAGAAAAGGAACCCCGCUUCAAAAUCAGAAGGCGUUCAAACUCAACUUCGAGCUGUGAAGGAAAGGGUCCUCUGGCCGUAUAGGAAAGAAGAUCUCAAAGAGGUGCAGUCAUCGCUCACAAGGUUCCAGGAGAAUCUAGCUCUGGCUCUACAGUGUGCCGGCCUUGACGGCACAUUACGUCGGCUGAGAGACCUGCAUUCUGAGUUCAUUAUUCAACAACAACAGGCGAUUAGGGUAGAACAGGCCCUCAAUCAAAAUACAGAAGUGUUGCAAAUGAUUCGCCGAGAUGUUGCUUCGCAAGGUCCUGAUCUGUCGAAGAUAUACAAUGAAAUUAUGAGUCUACGAGCUCAGCUUUCAGAAGACAGAGUAUCUGUUGAGGUUGGUCGAUACCAGUUGGUGGACAGCGACUCAUCUUCUCAACAACUGACUCCCACAUCGUCAUCAACAAUUUAUGCUUUCCCACACGAAGAGAACCUUGGGCGCACAUCACGGCUUCCAAUACAGAGCUGCACCGUCCAAACCGAAAGGUUUUAUUCAUGCCGCUGUCGCUCGAAACGGAAGCGGAAAGUUGAACCCAGAAGAUGGUACAUGAUCCAAACAGAUGAAGCCUAUGAUCACCACAGAGACUGCCCUCGAUUCACACACGGAGACUACACUAAAUCCGUUGCUUUUCAGGUUUCCAUGUACAACAGUCUGCUAAAGUUCUGUGUGCAGAUAGGUUGGCAGUCUUCGAGAAAAGGGGGCUGGAAUUCACCGGCACCCGUGCUGAGAUAUCGGGCUGUAGCUCCGCAAGACUCACCGGUAUUCAAACUCUUAGAUUGUAGAUUAGAGCUCUUUCAGUACGGAAAUCUUUUCGAGGAAAUAUCUAGCAGUAUGGCAAUCAUUCUCCCAACCAUUGCACCUAAACUUCAACAGGAGUUUGGAAAGGGUGCUUGUCCUACUGAUCUUGAUCUGAAUGGAGACGGAAUUUUAUUUGCUGUCCUUCGUCUUAUAGAAAAGGCAAUAGAUUUGAUGGACUCUAGAGCGAAAUUCAUGAGCGAUGUGUCUAAGGUCAUUGAUGUGUGUUUCGACGCAGGUGUGCCCUUCAACGAUGAAGAUGCCUGGAGACGGUACAUUCCCUAA